UCCCCCUGCAAUUAGUCCAGCGACUUGCUUUAAUGGCCGCCGCCUUCAUCCUCGCCUCCGCCUUGUCGGCGCUCGCCGGCGUCGGCGGUUUGGUCCUCGCGAUCCAAGUGUGCGUAGUUCGCAGGGCCAUGCGGCGAGGCUUCCUUGGCUUCGGCGCCGCCUUCGGCCAGCUGCCGCCGGAGCUGCUGGCUGAGCUCCCCUGCUUCGAGCUCAAGCAGGAGGCGGGCGACGAGUGCGCGGUGUGCUUGGAGAAGCUCGAAGCGGGCGACUGCUGUCGGCGGCUUCCGGCGUGCAACCAUGUCUUCCACUCGCGGUGCGUGGACUCAUGGCUGCGCCGGAGCUCCCGCUGCCCGACGUGCCGGACGUCCGCCGUCGCCGGAGACACCUGGUAGACGGGUGAUCAGAAGCUCCAUCCGCCGAGGGAGAUUUAUGUGUUGAAUGAAAUCUAAAACUAGAGAAGAAAGUCAGCAUUUCAUCUCUGUUUUUCUUGCCUUUUCUUUUGUGCUCUGGAAAUUUGUAUUUGUGUGUU